AUGGGGACCGUCGUCGACAUCUUCACGGCCGCAAAUAUCAGCGCCAGAGACGACCCUGAGCUACGACACGCGCUCGUGCUGCUCCUGGACUUCUCGAAGGCGUACGACUCGCUGGCGCGGGACUUCUUGCUUGCCACGCUGCGGCGGCUCGGGGUUCAUCGUGAACGGCUACCUGUCGCAGCCGCUCGAGGUAACGUGUGGGAUCCGGCAAGGAUGCCCGCUGGUACCACUGCUGAUAAUCUUGGCAGCGGAGCCGCUCUACGAGAUCCUCGAGAGCACGCGACACGGAGUUCGGCUCGCGAACAUGUCCGCGGCGAUGACGGUCAACGUCUGCGGGCUCUAAAGCGGUUCGAAGCGAAUGGUCCAGCACGAAUCAUGGACGACAUCCUACUCGCCGAGCACGCGGGCGUGGACGUGUACUUGACUCCGGCACGACGAGACGCGCCGGUUGGGGACUUCAAGAUGGCGGACACUAUGUGGAAGAGUGGGGCGGCAGUGGUGUGCGGAGUGCACCGCGACCAGAUCGACCCGACGAAUGCCAGCUUCGUGGCAGCAACGGCGGCGCUGUUUCGGCGAUACCUGCUUACUGCGAAAUGGGAUGGCAACAGCUUGCAGAUCGCCGUCGACGACGACGCGAUGCUCUCGUUCGCGCGGCUGUCGUGUGGGAGGCGACGGUUGCGCGGACCUUUCUGUCACGAGUGGCUUAACCGUGGGGGAGCCUGUGAAUAUCAGCUUGCUACGGCAUGGCGACAAAUGGGGCAUGCUUCGUGGCCUCCUCAGCUGGACGUGGAUGGAGCGCGGUGUGGUCAAUUUCGAGCUGAGGCGGGUAGACCAAGAGUGUCGCGCGAAAAAUAUGAUCUUGGGAAUGACGAUCGCCACUGCCAGCGCAUCACGGCUUCGGACCGUGUUUGCCUUCCGACGAGCCAGCGCGAGCCGCGCGUUCAAGGAGGUGUAGCACGCGUCCCAGUUGUCCUUGACCGUACUCCCCUAUCCGACGAGCACGCCCAGGUACCUGCAUCGCAAUCCUUGAGAUCGCGACCGCAAUGCAGCAGCUGGUCAAGCGCUUUGUCUGGGGCUCGCGUGAAGGUGUACCAUCGAGGGCGUGGAUGA